CAAGAGAUCGCCGGGGGUUUUGUGUAGAAAUUCCGAGACAUUCACCUUAAAUCAUAAAGGAGAGAGAGAGAGAGAGAGAGAGAGAGAGAGAGAGAGAGAGAAAGAGAGAAAGAGACAGAGAGAGGGAGAGAGAAAGACUCAUUCAUAAAGCGCUGAAGUGCUCCUGCUCCUGCCAGCGUAGUGUUCAAAUAAUUUUAUUUUACAACAAGGACAACACCUUAAGAGGAGGAGUGCCGAUGCAGAAAAGAGAAGCAAGUUACUUAUGAUUGGAAAAGUCAAUUUCUUCUUUAGGUUUCUCCAGCUGCUCUUCUGAAGUUUAAAAAAGAACUUUAAAGGCUUUGUGUUAUUUGGCGCAGUCAUCCACAGGGCGGGUGUCUCGUGUGAAGUUCAUGUUGGACUGAAGUCUCUCUCUCUCUCUCUGUGCGCUCUGAAUUUUGGUCAGGGGAUUAUAUAUGUGGUGUUUGCACGUCUCAAACCACAGAAGAGCCACAAGUCUAACCGAGCUGCAAAACCGCGCUACCCCCAAAAUAAAGAUCUAGAAAGCGAAAGCUGCGAGAAUUAAACCGUGGCUGUGGUCGUAGAGAGAAGGGGGAAAAGUAACUUCGAAUUAUUUUAAUUUGAGCAGAGUGAACUGUGGUCUUUUCAACUGCCGGAUAAAAUCGCCAAGCUUCUUUUAUUUAAGAAAGUUGCCUCUUCGUUGUUUUUGAGUUUAAUCGGUGAUCUGCACGAUCAAGCGACAGUUUCAGCGAAUAUCCUGUCGAUAUGCUGUGGCAGAGCUGCCGGCUACCAGAACCGCGGUGCAGAACUGAAAAUUAAAAAGGGGUCAACAACAGAACGUCUACAGGUGGACACUUCGUGACUUUAACCCGUCACCGAGUCGAACCGAUCGUAAACCCCACCUACGCCUGCCGAUUGCGACUGAAACUCGCCAGAGACUCGAGCGAAGGCUUCAUCUCUCCAGAGACUCCAGGGGUCUGCACUGGGUCGCAGGUGGAUUGAGGGAAGGGGAGAGAGAGACGAGGGAGCGAGAGGCAGAGACCCUCGAACAGGCCAAGUUUCUGUAGCUGCCCGGUGUUGAGAAUUUUUGUCUUUUGAGAUUGCUAAGCUUUGUUGUAAUGCGUAUCCCUGUAGAUACCAACACCAGCCGCCGGUUCACGCCGCCUUCGACAACGCUGAGCACGGCGAAGAUGAGUGACUCCCUGCCGCUGGCGCCGCCGGACAGCGCUCUGGGCAAACUGCGGUCGGCGGAUCGCAGCAUGGUCGACGUGUUAGCUGAUCAUCCCGGAGAGCUGGUCCGGACCGACAGUCCAAAUUUCCUCUGCUCCGUCCUGCCGACUCACUGGAGAUGUAACAAGACCCUUCCUAUCGCAUUUAAGGUGGUCGCCCUGGGAGAUGUUCCUGACGGGACUCUGGUCACGGUCCUGGCCGGCAACGACGAGAACUACUCGGCCGAGCUGCGCAACGCCACGGCCGUCAUGAAGAACCAAGUCGCCCGUUUUAACGACCUGCGAUUCGUCGGCCGGAGUGGACGAGGGAAGAGUUUUACGCUGACCAUCACGGUGUUUACAAACCCUCCUCAAGUCGCCACUUACCACAGGGCCAUCAAGAUUACCGUGGACGGACCCAGAGAGCCCAGGAAUACCAGGCACGUUCAGCCUUCUCCGCCGUGGAGCUACGAUCAGUCCUACCCUUACCUCGGGCAGAUCACAACACCCUCCGUUCACCCUGCAACUCCCAUAUCCCCCGGCCGGGCAAGCGGCAUGCCAACAAUCACAGCCGAAAUUUCCAGCCGGCUUUCAGGAGCCUCCGAUCUCACCGCAUUUGGGGACCCAAGAAUGGGAAUCGACCGCCAGUUCCCGGCUCUCCCUUCUCUCUCCGACAGCCGCUUCGCGGAUCCCCGCAUGCACUACCCGGGAGCUUUCGCGUACACGCCGACACCAGUGAGCAGCGGCAUCGGGAUUGGCAUGUCAGCGAUGACCACUGCAGCGCGCUACACCUACCUGCCUCCCCCGUAUCCCGGUUCUGCCCAGGGGCAGGCGGGACCAUUCCAAACGAGCUCCUCUCCGUACCAUCUCUACUACGGCACCUCCACUGGCCCCUACCAGUUCUCCAUGAUGGCCGGCGGAGAGCGGUCGCCGCCCCGCGUCCUCCCCGCCUGCACUAAUGCGUCCACGGGAUCGAGCCUCCUCAAUCCAAACCUACCCAGCCAGAGCGACGUGGUGGACGCAGAUGGCAGCCACAGCAACUCCCCGACAAACAUCAGCACUACCGGGAGACUGGAAGAAGCCGUGUGGAGGCCAUAUUAAUUAAAACAAAGCUCCUCAGUUCACGAACCUCCAUCGCCGAAAUCCCCAAUGGAUCUGGGGACACCGCAAGAACUUUGAUCACGAAAAGGACAUCAUUGUGUUUGCUUGGUUUUCCCUCAACAAUUUUGUCCUCCUUUCCCGUUCUCCUAAACUGUUUCGAGUUUACUGGCAAGACAUUUUUUUUGUCGCGCACCUUAUCUUGAAGCAAAUGUUUCAAUUCCUAUUCGCCUUUAGAUUCGGCGCCGAGGAAGUAAAUUGAGACCGUUGUGUACAAGCCGAAAGGAAUUUCCCAACCUACCCUUUUGCCGCUGUCUGUCCUUCUUUGGUCAUAGUUUCUACAGUGCAGCCAGUGACGGAAGCAGCAUGGAGAUUUUGUUAGAAAAUAAUUUUUGAGAGAAAAAAAUAAAGAACACAGACUGAAAUCACUUCAGCGGAUGAACUGGAGCAAAUCUGAAUUGUGGCAAGUUUCUGCAUCACACUCUAAUGUCAGUUAGUAUUUUUUUUCUCUACUAGCAUGACACAUUGGGACAGAGGGCCGCUGCUUGGCACAGACCAAGAGCACUAACAUUUAACGUGUAUUUUUGUACAUUUUCCAACUCAUUUUAAAUUAAAUGUUGACUACUUCCCACUGAAAGCCUGGUCAGGUGGGGGCAGCACCGGCCUCUUUUUGUAUGUUUUCCAAGCAUCAUUUUAAAUUAAAUGUUGACUACUUCCCACUGAAAGCCCGGCCAGGUGUAGGCAGCACCGGCCUUCUCCGCCUUUUCAACACCUCCAGUGGUUUCAGAGAGCAGGAUUUGUCUUUCCUGCACAGAUUGAGACGCACGAAACACCUCGGCAUCUUUGAUGCACGCGGCGAAGAUCACACGCACAUUUUACAGACGGUUACCUGUUUGAUACAGAGCAAGCUUACCAAACAGAGAUCGCGAGGGGAGGGUAUGGAUAGAGAGCCUUGAAGCCAACACAGGUUUGGGCGGAGUUGGCAGCAAGCAUGUUGAUACCAAAUGUAGAGGCUCCGACUUUGCCACAUCUCAUGGCUGUUAAAUCAGUGACUUUCCAUUCAUCCUCACGCAAAGAUUUGAACUGAGCUUUUUUCUUCCGGACGUGCAACAAAUGCUGGUGGAGUCGAGUAAAUACCAUUUCCAGAUGGUCCCGGGUUGAAUAACAGUUGACCUGCAGACGUGUAUAUGAAAGGGGGAAAGAUGGACAGAUAACACUGCGAAUUUAAACAGUUCCGGGCGUGUCCAGCAUCAGGCGAAAUCUCUGGGCCAUGCACAUUCUACCCAGUCACCAGAGCCUACUUCCAAAAUAAAAAUGUCGUGGCUUUUAUAGUUAUUGGUUAAAUGUUAUUUAAUUUGCUUCGUGAAUAUUGUUUCAUUUGCUGGUCAACAGAGAAAGAUGAUGGCAAAGCGGGACUUUAAAUUGGUGUUUCAAAGAAUGGAACAUGAUUGGAAAGGGAAAGGGGAAAGGGCUGCUGGCAGCAAUCUAGCUGGAUUUGUUAUUUAAUGCUCGUGUUUUCAAAAAUUCGUCGUUUAUUCUUCAAAAACAAGAUAUAAGGUUCGCCUGCGUCUAUUUGCUACCUUAUAAAAUCAAGAUAUGUCAGCUGUCUUAAACAUGUGUUCAGUGUGUUGACGCAAGACUGGAUCAUUUACGCAAUUCUAAUGGACUAUAAAUAUCAGUUUCUUGAGUCAAGCCUAUUAUUGUACCUAUAUUUGUAAAUAAGCAAGAGUUUUUUUUAAAGAAAUAUUCCAGCUCCUCAUGGCUAGUAUGUGUACAAACAUCACUCUGCUCCAGACCGCUUUCAGAUAUCUCAUUUUGGUCAAAGAAUUUUCAAUGGCAUUUGCAAAACUCUAGUUUUUCUUUUUUUUUUGAGCUUAGGUGUUGUAGGUAGAAUCACAUGCGUUAAGAUAGCUCUUCCUGUUCACCGCAAUCCAACUCUUGGACGCCUUUUCUUCCAGCACAGCAGAUGACUACAGCAGGGAAUGAUACCCAGAGCGGCUGGACUGCUGCAGGUUCUUUGAGGAACGUUAUUGACAUCCAUACUCUUUGUACCAAAGUUUGUUGAACGAUUUCAUAGUUCUGUGGCUGGCUAAUAAAUUAGUUUGU